AUGAAGUUCACUGUCGUCGCUAUCGUCUCUGUGCUCAUUGCGCCCCUCGCAUACGCUGCUGCGUUGUCUCCUGCCAACAUCAACGCUCUUGCAGCCCGCGACACCAACGCCCAGAGCGGUUUUGAAGAUGUUGUUGGAUACGCUCUUCCUGAUGGUACCCGAAAGAUCGACUUCUAUCUGAACGGUGCCCUCGAAGGCAGCGCUGUAGAGACCAAGGACGGAGUUGAGUUCCUUGAUGCAUCUGGCGCAGUCGUCAGUCUCGGCGACCUUGACCAGGCCGGUGGCUUGGCCAAGCGCGUUUCCAAGUUCGACUUUGCCAUUAAAUUCGCAAAGCUUCUUGCCAAGUAUGGCAAGAGGGCCUGGGACUUCUUUUACUGCGUUGGCUUGAACGCUGCCUGGAAGUGCAGCGAUGAUUUCAUUGACUGCGCCGGUUCGGGCAUCCCUCCGUGGAGCUGCAUCGAGGGAAUUUCUAUGUGGAGAAGAAGGAGCAAGUUCCGGAUCCUCAUCAAGGAGGGCUACAGCAUAACCAUUUCUACUGCCAACAUAUGUCCCGAGAACGGCGAAAACAUCGCCAUCGUGGAUCUGUUCCUCGCAGGAGAUAAAAUUGCGACGUCUGAAUUCGAUUUGUUUCAGCUUGCUCUACGAUGGUGUCAGCGUAACGGCAACGACGUCCUAGAAUAUAGCCAUAUUCUCGGUCUUAGUGCUCUCACAGAUGAGCAGCAGGUCUGGCCUGGCAAGUAGUUCAAGAAUCAGCUUCUGGAGCCAUUGCUGAAUCUGGUUCACC